AUGCAUGCUCAAUGGUUAAUUGGAGCUUAUAUAUACUGUAAAUAUAAACCAUAUUUCCCUGGAACUGAUAUCAUAUAUGAUUUAACAGAGAAAGUUGGUAUUUGCAAGCCAGCUCCUGCAUUUGGUCCAUGUGUGAUAACAUGUGGUGCUGACGAAGACUGUGAUGGAAUACACAAAUGUUGUAGUAAUGGAUGCGGUGCAUGGUGUUCAGAACCAACAUGUCCUCUAGGCCAAACUAAAGUAGACUGUCCAGCAAGUCUAUGUAACUAUGUUGGCUGUCCAGGAAAACCUCAGGAAAGUGUUCAAUGUUCUGUGGACUUUUGCAAUCAGUGUAAAGUGAGCUUCCGCAAUGUUACAACUGGUGAUCCUGUUGACUGUGGACCAGUUGAGACACUCUGUCCUCGUAUGCUAUCAUCAACCAAUCAACAUCUACUUGGCCAGUACAGACCUAAAUGUGAUAAAAAUGGUGCAUUUGAAAAAAUACAGUGCCAUGAGGGCUACUGCUUCUGUGUUGAUACAAGAUCUGGUGUUCCUGAUAUGUCAACCAGUGUCAGGGGUACACCAAAAUGUCCAGAGAAGACACUGUGCCAGAAGCAAGUAGAUGAAGCUAUGAAGCUGCCUCCUAUUGGUCGCUUUGUCCCACAGUGCAAAUCAGAUGGUAGUUUCCAGGAAAAACAAUGCCAUUCAUCUACUGGUCAGUGCUGGUGUGUAGAUUCUUAUGGUAGAGAAUGGUUUGGUACUAGAUCUCGCUCACCUGUCCUUGUCUGUACUGCAUCAGUUUGUCCUUCUGGUGUUACACAGCUAAAGUGUGAUCCURUGUUAUGCCACACUGCCAAAUGUCCUGGUUAUGAGAAAGCAUCUUGCCGAGUCAAUCCCUGUGGCCAAUGUAAACCAGAAUUUCUUGACCAAUACAACAGACAAAUUAAGUGUCUUACAAAAUGUCAAAGUCUAYGCAAUGAGGCUCUUGGAAUUGACAAAACUGGGAAUGCAUCARUAGUUCCAGUCGUUGGACGUUAUAUCCCUCAGUGCACUAGUGAAGGAGAAUUCCAACAAGUUCAAUGCUAUGGUUCUACUGGUUAUUGCUGGUGUGUUGACAAGGAAGGAAGCCCUGUGCUUGGGACAAUAGUCCGGGGGAUGCCACACUGCAACAGCUCUGACGUUGGAGUUUGUCCAGCAGGCAAGCCAAUGUUUACAUGCUUAAGAGAUCUAUGCAAGUGGUCAUCAUGUCCAAAAUAUCCCAAUGCUAAGUGCAGAGUCAAUCCUUGUGGAUUCUGUAAGGCCGAGUUCUUGGAUGAUAAAGGCAAUGUUGUCAAAAACUGUAAUGAGGGAUUUAGUGCUUGCCAGCAGGAACGUGCAAAAGCUCUUCAGACAAGACCUGGUGGGCUGCAGCCAGUUGGAAGGUUUGUUCCAGAAUGUGCAGUUAAUGGUUCUUACAAGCAAGUUCAGUGCUGGGGGUCUGUUGGAUAUUGCUGGUGCGUUGAUGAUAAAGGAAAAGAGGUUGCUGGCUCAAGAGUUAGAGGUCAACCAGACUGUUCCAAAGUAUCAGUGAAGGUAGUUAAAGAUGGAUUUUGCCCUUUCAAGCAACCAAGAGAUGGCAAAUUGUUCUGUUCUUCUGCAAAGAAMUGCACAUCUGAUGGUGACUGUGUUGAGAAGGACAGGUGCUGUAAUAGCACUUGUGGACCCAUAUGUCAGACACCAAUUUUCACAGCCUGUCCCAACGGCCGACCAUUCUUACUCUGUCUUCACAUGUGUAACUUUGCCAAAUGUCCCGGUAACCCAAAAGCCCAGUGCUUCUCUGACCCUUGCAACAUGUGCUGUGUUGAGUUCAGAGACUCCAACGGGAAUCCAGUUGACUGUUCAAAAGGACUUACUUCAUGCCAACUACGUCGUCAAAAAGCUAUGGGACUGCUAGGUGCUUUUAGACCUCGCUGUGACGCUAAAGGAAACUACGAGUUCAUUCAGCAACAUGAAAGCUACUACUGGUGUGUAGAUAGUAAAGGAAAAGAAUUGCCUGGCACCAGGACACGAUUCACCAAGCCGAAAAAUUGUACUCAUGUUGGGCUUAGCUCAAUGACUCUAUGCCAGUUACAAAGCCAAAAAGUUAAAGGUGGUCCUUCAUUGAUUGGUCGUUACGUUCCCCAGUGCGAAAACAAUGGUUCAUUCAGUCAAACCCAGUGUCAUCCCUCCACCGGCUACUGCUGGUGUGUGAAUACUACGACUGGAGUGAUCGUACCUAACACCCAGACACGUGGAAAACCAGACUGUAACAGAGCCUGCAGUCCAUACAUGUGCCUAAUGUAUUGUAAGUACGGUUUUGCCAAAGAUCAGUUUGGUUGUGACAUCUGCAAGUGUGCAUCAGCUCCAAAGAAGCCAGGCUUUUGUCCAGCGGUUAAUCCCCAACAAGUUGGCGCAUGCGUAGAGAACUGUACCCAAGACAAUGACUGUCCUGGAAGCAGCAAAUGUUGUUCUAAUGGAUGUGGUCACGUGUGUACAUCAGCUGUGUUAAAAGCCAAGCCGGGUGUCUGUCCCCACCGCCCUAUUGAUCACGUGGGAGUCUGUAUGAACAAAUGCGGUCAUGACAAGGAUUGCCUUGGUGAUCAGAAGUGCUGCAGCAAUGGUUGUGGCAGAGAAUGUUCUGCACCUGUCCGAAAAGCAUGUCCUUAUGGUCAACCCCUCGUCAUGUGCUUUGUCAACCCAUGCCAACAUGCCUCUUGCCCGUCCAACCCUAAGGCACGGUGUAGACCAAACUACUGUGGAGGCUGCAAGGCCGAGUUCUUUGACAAGGACAAUAAGAUGGUCUCGUGCACAUCGGGUCUAACUGAAUGUCAGCGUAAAUAUCUUGAGAGUACAUCCAAGGGGCCACUGAUUGGUGCCUUCAUCCCUCAGUGUGAUAAGAAUGGUGCCUUCCAAGCCAUGCAGUGUCAUGGUUCUACCGGAUACUGCUGGUGUGUUGAUCCUAACACCGGUAAAGAGAUCGAAAACACCAAGAAAGGUCCAGGACAAGGACAGCCAUCAUGCUUUCUCAACGACUUGGUAUCAAAGAAGAACAAAUAGUUGAACUUUCCGUCACAAGUGGAAGUAUUAUUGUAGAGUUUUAUGUUGUUCCUGCUAGCGGAGGAAAGGACAUCAGUGACUUUGCACAACACACUUAUGAUGAGGUUCGUCGAGAAGACAUCGUGGUGAAUUAUGCUGGUACCAAAUUUGUUGCCAGCCCCCAGCAAGUCCAGGUGACGUCCAACUACCUGACAGAAGAUAAACCCUCGAAAGGCAGCAGUCUUGGUGCAACACCUAUUGCACUGAUUUGUAUUUUCAUCGCCUUGACUGUCAUUGUUAUCGCUAUUGUUGUCGUAAUUGUAAAGAAAAGGAGACGUCGAUACCGAUCAAACACAGACGACCAGACUGCCGGCUUUCUCUACAAAGAUGGAAGAGCUGAAAGCUACAGCACAACAGCUACCAUUCCAACAUCAUAAAGGCCACAAAAACCUUCAUAACUUACAUGGACUGACGCGCUGAAUAUACACAAAUGAUUAGCUAAUUUUUUUAUAUUAUAGACAGGAAUUUGUAUGAUUAGAAGUUCAAGUUCAAGGGUAUGAAUUUUCAAGCCACUAUAUGUGAAAAUAAUUACUGGUAUAUCUAAUUUUAGUUAUUGCUUUUAUGACAAUCCAUAAGAAUUUUGGUCAAAAAAGAUCAUAAYAUCRUUUGCACACAUGRGGGUUCUGGGAAAGUCAAGUUAAAAAAAAUCCAAAUUCAUCAUAAUUGAAGCUUGGAAUGAAGUAAGUUCACAUUCAAAAAUUAGUUUUUGUUCGCAUUAAGUUUGCUACUUUCAUUCCUAAGGGCUGUUAUUUCUUUCUUUUUAUUUCAUUUUCCCUUCUCCAUAAUCUUGCUACUGCAUCUAGCUUGUAAAUCAUUUAUAUUAUUUGCCUUAUCAAUGGUUACUAGAUAUGAGUGAAGAACACUUGCUUUAUCUGUCAUUAGCUAUGACAAUACCAUGGACUCCAAGAAAAAUAAGAUUUUCGAAUAAUUUUUAUAGAUUUUUUGAUCAUUUAUGACACCAGUGACAACUUGUUUCUUUUAUUUACAACGUACAUGAUGUAGUAUUUCAAGAGACAUAAAAAGACUCAAAAGAUGAAUUCGAAACUACAAACGAGUCUUUCCAAGUUCUAGAAAAUUAAUAAAGUUGUGCAGCUGCUUGCAAAAUGUU